AUGCUUAAGAAUAGACAGGUAUUAAUGGCUAGUUGUGUGCUUGGGGCGGGUAUAGCUGCGGUGGGUCUGGGGUGGUAUUUUAUAUUUUCGGGUGGUAUUAAUGCUAGGGCAAAUGAGAUACCUGAAACUUGUGAAUUAAUGGCACAUGAGCAUAUAGGCCCAAAACCAUGCGAAGCAAGUAUUAUCUCUAGUGAGUUAACUAAAAACAAAAACGAUGAUCUAUCCAAAGAGAAAUACGAGGACAGGCGUACCGAAACAAAAGACGUGUUAGAUGAUGAUGAUAGAAAGCCGCCCGGUUCUGGGUCAAUCGCAGCUCCAAAAACAGACAAAAGCCAGGGACAAUCAAAUUAUCAACCAGAGAAAGAAGAAGAUAAGAAGCCAAACAAUGAGGAAAAAGAAGAAGUCAAUGCUUGUUCCAAGCCUAACCAAGCGGGGAAGGACGAAACUGACGAGGGUUUCAAUUCAAUUGGGUAUGAGGUGACCGAUGAUCCAAAUGAACCAGUCUCACUUGAUAAGUCUUAUCUCGAACCCAUAUCAGAGUCCGAGCCCUUUACUAAGCCCUAUGGCAGAACUACCCCCAACACCAGCCCAUUGCCCAAACGCAAACAUAAACCCGGUCCUAUUCCAAUACCAAGAUCAAAAGAAAAACCACUUGAUAACGCAGUCCUCCCCCCUAAGCCCACACCUAGUCCAGAUGAUAACGCUCUUUCCCCCCAAAAUCCCAAUACUAAACCUGCGAUAGAGCCCACUUUCCCUCCUACUUUCAUAUCUAACCCAUUUACUGACGAAUCCUCUUCACAACCGCGUCAACGUAAAUCCAAACCCAAUGAUGCAUUGACUAAGUAA